AGUGUAUCGGAGAGCCAGGAUGAGGACCCUGCUGCUGAUUGGCGUGUGUGUGCUAUCAGUGGCACUGGCAGCACCCCCACAGGGAAAGGGGCUGAUCACAAACCUGGACAAUAACGAGCUGUGCUUCAUCAGCAUGCAGUGCAAGAGCUCCUGCUGUCACCGCCGUGACGGGCUGAGUCUGGCGCGCUGUGCCCCCCGGGCGGCUGAGAACGAGGAGUGCUCCCCAAAGUCCUUGUACGGAACCUACUACCGGUGCACGUGUGAAAGCGGGCUGAAGUGUGACGUGAACUUCAACAUCGGCGGAUCAAUCACCAACAGCAAUUUUGGAAUCUGCGUGGACCCCAACGCGAAGAAGACUUCCGGCAGCCUCGAAGACAGCAACUGAAGAAAAAAAAAAACUCGCUUACAAAAUCAUGAGUUCCCUAUACGAGAAACAACGAUAAUAAAACAGCAUCUUACCUUCUUAGCGCAAUGACACUUGUUCCUGUCUAGACUGUUUUAAAAGCAUGUCGUUGUUAUGUUGUAAUUACGUUUAAAUAAAGCUUUCAGAACUCA